AUGAAGAUGGAGGACUUUGUCUGCCCAUCCCUCACAUUUCAGCCCUCAUGUCCUCCACAUCUUACGCUCCCUCAGGACGCCAAGUUCGGAUUCACCCCGGUCAAAUCCCUCUCCCGAUCAGCUCCUCACGUUUGGGAUCGCAAACCAUCCACCUCGUUUCGCGCACGUGGCCGGUCGCGCAAAGUCUGGAAGCGCUUCCGCUCCUCGUUCAACAGCAUGAAAGCUCUGCAGCAGAUCACCGUCGGAGAGCGCCACACGAUCGACGAGGAGCUCCAGCUUGAGAUCAACAACGGCAGGAACCCGGGUCUCGUCCGCGGAGUUAAGCGCAGGUGCUCCGCGUGGGAUACGGAUGACCUCGCCAACGGAGACUCACGAGGGCGCUCGUUUCUGGAAACACAGUGGGAGUCUGAAUCGAAAGGGCGACGACGCAAACUGCCACUUGUUUAUAGCGACUUUGUGGAGCUUACGGAUGAACCGAUGGAGACGGACAGUCUGCAGCCACAUGACAUCCUCAGGGAUACCGGCCUCGAGCAGGACGCGUCCACGUUGGACCACGAGAACCUUAUUGUCAGCGCGCCGGACGAAUUAGCGCCGACCGACCUCCCGGAGACCCCUACGAAAUUGGUGCCCGGUGCGCCCUACCCCCGCAUGCUACCUGGCGACCCGGAAAGUUUGCCCGCCGGUUUGGACUGUGGCAUGACAAACAUAAAAGGACACGAGAUCGGUCAUGCAUCACCAUUUACUUUGUUCAGUCCGGUCGUCGGAUUGUCCACUCCUGAUACCCCGACUAUAAAAUCUGCGGAGGACGGCAGUGAUUAUGGUGAUGUCGCUGCUACAAUCGAGAAUGUCCUGCUGAGCGCGAAGAAGGUGGACUCGAACUCGGAGACCGCCGCUAUCAUCCCUGAUCUUACCGUCGAGCAGGAAUCGACCCUUGUGCGGUCGGCGCUACGCAGCUCCUUGGACGGAGAGGACGCCGAAUUGCUCAGCAACUUCCUGUUCAAGGCCCAGGCCAAGCGAGAAGCCAAAGCCGCUGCCGCUGUCGCCGAGGCCGAAGCUGCCGAGGCUGCAGAGAUGGUCGCGAAGAAGGCCGCGCUCGUCGAGAAGGAGGAUGAAGCUAAGAAGGUGCGGGAGUCGUCACCAGCCGAGCUACCUACUCCGCCGUCGCGUCGCGCCCUGGAGGAUCUCGACACCAACUCACCUUCCCCGCAGAAAUCACAACAAGUUUCGCCGGCCAAGCCUCGCGAGGACGAAGUUCAAGAGGCAGGCAGCCCGCGCCGUAGCACCCGCCCCCGUGCCCCGCCAUUACGCCCGUCCACCGUGGCGGCUGCGGUGCGCAGCACCUUCUCCCUCCGCCGCGCCAAGGGCAACGAGUUUGUAUUCCUCCAGCGGACCGAGGCUCAGGAAAUCGCGCUCGCCACGAAGCGCAACACGCGCCACAACAAGGGCAACUCGACGAUGCCAAAGCAGACACUGCAGGUGCUCGCCGAUCACAAAAGCGAUACCACCCCGAUCGGUGACGACAAAGCCGCUGCUGCUGCUCGCGUGGUCCGAGGAAGCACAAAGGCCAAGAAGCAUGUGUCAUGGAACAAUGAGCAACUCGUGCAGUUUGAGGGUGAAGACCCCAGCGCGACUGACCACAGACAUGACGUCGCUGGUGCUGCCGGUCGUGGGGAAAUGCAACGCAGCACGGACAAACUCUCCGACGCGAAAAGAAAGGCAGCCACUGGCCGCACGACCCGAUCGCAGUCGGGGCAGAGGACUGGUGUUUCGACGGGCCCCGACGCAGCGACUACUGCACCCGCUACUGCAACGCCGCGGGCGCGGCGCGUGCGCACAGCAUCCAAGCCCGAAAGCAAUUCCGUCGCUGCUCCUGCUGCUGCUCCUGCCCCCACCUCUUCUCCCACCUCCUCGUCUUCCUCUUCCGGUGUUGAAAGCCCACUCGGCCAGCGCAAGAAGUUGAUUCCCAAGUCCCCUCGCAAAGCGCCCGAGACCCCGUCGAAGGGGAGCACUAGUGUCACCGCCGGCACGACCAGCAGCAGCAGCAAGACAUCACUCCGCAGCAGUAGCACCAGGACGAGUUUGUUAAAGGUCAAUGCGGGCUCGACUCCGGUCGCGAGACGGAUUCGCUCUCGCUCGUGAGGGCUUCGAAGCGCGGUGGGGCUUAGAGUAUGGUUGUUUGAGUAUUUGUACAUAAUUGCAUGGAUGGUGUGGGUUUGUUUUACAGGGUUGCAUCGGUUAGGCGUUGGUAACUUUAUCUCAUUUCUUCGUUCAUUUAAGAACUUCCACUACUUACUUAUUGCAAAUUAUUUUGUUUGGGUUUCCUGGUGUUCGGCGUGUGGUGUAUGCUAAAGCUGAUGUUAGUGGGAUGGGAUGGUCGGAGUAUGUGCCUUAGGCCGCCAUGCUUUGCAUCUGUAGUUUUGAGCAUCAGUUGAGAUCUAAGACGGAGAUAUGAUGUGAUACAGUUCUUCACAGCGAG